AUGUCAUUUAAUGAAGAAAAGUUUGAACAAUAUCUAAAUCAAUCAGGGACAAUUACUGAAAUUAAAGAUGAGUUCAUCUAUGUAAUUCUGACAUCAUUAAACAAAAUAGUGAGACGAGUAAAUGAUCUUGAUAAAUACACUGAAGACUUAUUUGGAAAACUAGAUAAAGAGAUUCAUAGCAUCUCUUUUAAACUUAAGAUUUUACAAGAAAAUAUAAUCCAGUUAACUGAUGCUAUUACUCAUAAAAUUCCAAAUGAAGUGUUAUCCAUGCAAGUGUGGAAGUCAAGGAAGACUUUUCCAAAUAUAACUAUUGAAACACAGCAAGUACAACAAGUAUACUCCUGCACAUCAUUACCUGUUAACAUAUUUGAAAGAAACAAUUCUAAUAUAGCAAUACCACUUCAUACAGUGCCUUCAUACUACAAAAAUGAUACAGAAGAUUCAAGUUCUUCUGAUGGUUCAUUCCACUCAUGUUUAUAUUGCUCCAAAUUUGUAAAAGAAAACUUAUCUGUGAAUAAAGAACAAACAAGUGAGAAACACAUAAAGGACACAAAUCUAGACCAUGCCAAUGAACCAAAAAAUAUGUUACAGUGUCGAUUGGCAAAAGAACAUAUCUCUGUGGAUCACAUUCCAUCCUCUGAUAGGGCAGUAUCUCAUUCAUAUUUAGAUCAGUCUGAUGGUGGCUCUUUGUUCUACAUUUUUCCACUGAAUAAAAGCAAGCCUCGAGGAAAGUCUGUAAAGAACAUCUUACGUGGUGAGCAAGAACACCCAUAUUACAAUAUUGGGCAUAUGAGCAAUUCACGUCCUCGUGUCCUUUAUGGAACUGGUAAGGGGGACGUGGUGCUCAGUCAGCCAUCAUCGCUACUUCAUCAUAAAACAGGUGUAUUUGUCAACCCUCUAGCACCAAAAGCACCACCAUUACCAUCGAACUGGCUGAUCCAGCUUACCAGUUCUGAAAGUCCAUCUGCUCAUAGAGUUGUAGGAUCAAUAAACUCACCAUUAGCAUCUUCAUUACUUGUUUUGGAAACUACAACAACUACAACAACAUCUGCUUGCUUAAAGACCACUUCUAACAUAGACCUAAAUAUGCCACCUGAAUUCACUUCAACACCAGAUUCUCUUGGAUGUUUAAAACUGAAACCUGAUCAAUGUCCACAGAGCCAAGAUCACAUGAGCCCUCCACUUUUAUAUCCUUCAAUAAUUAAACUAAAUAAUAAGUCAUGGAAUUCAGUUGUGGGUCUUAUUGAUUCUGCUUUAGCUGUGCAUCCACAACAGCAUUCCACUUGCCAACCCAAAAGAUCUUCUCCACAAUUAGUUCAAUCUGCAAAAUCAUUGUCAAUAUCUUCAUCCAAAUCAAAAUCUACAUGUGGAUCACUACCAGAAAGCCAAGUCCCAAAAACAUCAGGGUCUUUGAGUGCCCAAUCACCAAGAUCUUCUGGGGUAACACCUCGUUCUGUUUCAGUUUCUGCCUCAUCAAACACCAACACAAAGCUGUUACCCUCACCAAAGCGUUCGGUGAGCCACUUAACAAAACUUAUCGAAGCACAGUCAAGAUCACCCAUGACAAAUCUAAAAGGACAUUUGCAUUCACCACAGUCAAAACUAUCAUGUUUCACCUCAACGAAAGUUACCACUCUACAAUCAUCAUUGUCUUCUAUGAAAUCAACAUCCGUUUCAAGCCAUAGAGCUCUAGCAAUAAGUCAGUAUGAAGUAGUGCCAACAUGGGCUGAUGUAAAGCAAAAUCCUUCAUCAUUCCUGCCAAUAAUGAGCAAAGCAAGGAAAGCAUUGAUGGAAGCAAUAAGAAAAGGUGUUCGAUUACGCAAAACUCGAGAAAACAUACCAAAAGGUUUAUCUAAGAUUUUUGAAAAUGAGGCAGAUAUAAUCCGGUUCCGUCGUAAAGCAAUGGGGUAUAAUUCAGGAAAAUCAGAUAGUGACACGGAAUGGGCUGAAGAAGCAUAAACAAAUAAAC